AUGACGUGGAGUUAGUGAUCCGCGAUGGCCUGAAAUUUGAAUGGACAACUCCAGGUUAUCCCAAUGACUACGGGGAUGGCACCAACAUGACACUCACCGUCAGGUUUCCCGAAAAACAAUCGCUAUACAUUGCUACUAUGAUUUUCAAUGGCCCGGCCCGCAUUGCAGGGGACACUUGUGAAUACGACUACCUACUAUACACCUCCCGUGGCAAAGAGCUGCGAUACUGCUCGGAUUUCAGCAACACGACGAUAAUAGAGCCGGAAUUUAAUGGUUCUUCGAGAAACUUCACGCUGCAGUUCGUGUCCUCGGCCGCAGACAAUGCUACGGACAUUGGCUUUAACAUGACUCUGUCGGCAUUCGACGUUUCCAUAAAGCCGUUCCCUGAUGCAAAAUACUAAAGCAAGACGAUAAAUAUCGGAUAUCGUACUGCUAAUAAUAUUGGAAAGAUUUAGAGGAUUAUGGGGAUGAUUAACAUAGAUUAUUAUUAUUAGUAGUAAUAUUAUUACGAUUACUAUUAUUAUAGUGAUAGCAAUAAUAAUAAUAAUUAUUAUUGCCGUUAAUGUUAUUCAUUAUUAU